AUCACCCAGCCAACACACACUAAGCCAGUCAUCGUCAUCAAGAAAACCACGAAAACCGCCGAAAAACCCACCAACAAACCAGCAACCAACUAACCAACAACAAACCAACAGAGGAGGCUAUAAGUAGAAGAUGACCGAUCAGAAGAGUAGUAGCACUACUACAACCGAAGCUCACGAGGUCAAAUCAGUCAGAGAGCAGGUCGAAGGAAUGGGAGUCGAAACCGAACAGGCAAACAUCGUCGCAUCCGACCCAAAAACCCAUUCAACCCCUCGUACUCAACAGAACGAUCUUGAUAACUCCCCUACCUCGAGUACUAAAGGAAAAGAUUUGCCUGCCUCGUGGGAUGCCUAUGCCGAUCUACAAUCGCCCUUCGCCUGUUUUGCGCCGAGAACCACGACCUGGUCAUAUGCGCAACCAUCAGAUCAAUCAGCAAAAGAAGAUUCGACAAACCCACCUGCGCGUGCACUAGCACCACCUCCAAAACAAGUCUCAACCGCACCCGCAUUCUCCUUAACCGGCCAACAGACCGCCACGAACUCACUCUGUCCAAACAAAUUCCCUUCCGGUUCUGACUUCUUCCUCAAGGGCAAGCGAAAUACCUCCGUAGCCGAUUCCUCACCGGAGCUCGACGAGGACUCGGCAAGUCAGUCCAAGAAACCCAAGCUACCCCCACCCGUAAACUCCUCCGCCUCCUGCCCCCCAUCCUCUUCAUCCUCCAAACGCAACCAUCCGCUCUCUCCGACCAGCUUACGAUCGGCCGCACUGGAAAAGUUCAACAGUAACCCAUCCCUCCAUACCACCUCGGUCCAAUCCUCAACCGUCUCCACCUUCCUCGACGUCCACCCACCGAGCUCCAAGGCAAGCUCGGCCUGUGCCGAUAACGGCGAAAACGAGGAUUCAGCAUCUUCCACAAUCCCCUCCGCCAUCCCUCCCUCGGAAGCGCAAAAAGCCAGCAACAACAAACCCUUGGGUUUCUCGGCCUUCGCUACCUCCACCGGAUUUGGCGACUCGUCCGCUAAACCGACUAUUGAUUGGUCCGACGGUCGCGUAUCCUCUCCCUCCGUCUUCGAUCAACAACCCCCUUCAUCUUCAAAACCAUCCCACCCCUCCCAACCUGAAUCCCAACAGAACCCGGUCUCUGAAUGGGGUGGCGGUCAAACUGGAGAACGGAAGACUCACUUGGCUCUAUCCGCUGAGCUAGGCCAAGAGGAUAAACAUGAAGGAUUCUUAGCUACUGAAGUCAUUACAGGUGAAGAAAACGCAGAGUUGGACAAAAGCGUCCGUUGUAUGAAGUUCACCUUGGGAGAGGAUCAAUCGUGGCGUGAAAGAGGCACGGGUGGCCUCCGGUUAUUGCGGACCAAGGAGGAACCGUAUCGGUACAGAUUAAUCAUGCGAGCCGAUGCAGUCUUAAGAGUCUUGCUCAACGUGCCCAUCUUUCAUGGGUUCAGUUACCGUCCAACUCAGGAUAAGUUCCUCACCUUCGCCUCUACCGUUGCACUGGAACCUUCGGCCGGAUCGGGAUCUGGAACGACAGCACCGGCCGAGAACGAAGGAGAACCUGGUAAAACUCAAUUCCAACAAUACUUAUGUCGGUUUGGCAAACCUGAAGCUAGACAAGAAAUCAUCGAUAGCAUCGAACGGUGCUUAAAAGAUCUUAAUCAACAACAAAAACAACAAUCUAUCCCCGAUAAUAAUCAGGGGAAUCAUGAAGAUCCUUCUUCUGUUGUUGACGCUUCUGAUCUGGUUUGAUACAUAGUCACCUUCUUUUCAUAACUUGCCUCCUCCUCCUCCUCCUUUUUUUUUGUCCUCUCUCCAAAAAAUUACAUACAUCAAAAAUGAAUCGACACAAACCAAAUAAAGAAAUCGCUGAAAAAAAUAUCAUCAUCACCGAAUGGAAGGGGGUUUUAGCUGGUCUUUAUGUUUUU